GAGAAAUGUCAAAAAGGUAUUCUCAAUCACACCAACUCAUCCCAUUCGUAUCAAGCAUCAACUAAGUGAGAGAAGUCCUGAAAAUCAACAUUUUCAUCCACCAUUUUCGCACAAAGCAAGGAGAGGAAGAAGGAAGGGAAGAGAGAAGAGAAAAAAGGAGGUUAGGGAGGAAAACUUGAGAUUAACAAGGUAUUCAAGGAACUUUCACGGAGUUGAAAGGGUCGCCAGAAUUGUCGCCAGAGUUCACCGAAGUUCACCGGAGUUUCGCCGGAGCUAAAUCGGGAAGGCUAGAACUUCAUAAGCGUCAUUAAGAAAUGGAGGGUAGACGCAUGGCUACGAGGAAUAACCCGAGGGGGCAAGCGCCAGUGAGUCUAGGGGGCUAGCUGGGUUGCAUCUCGGGGCUUGAGAGGAGGUCGAGGAGGCCAUGGAGGUCAUCAGGCUCAAACUGUGAGCGAUGGCCAUGUUAGCUCGGUGCAUGAAACCAACACCGAGGACUAUGACUCAACAUAUAUUCCCGAAACGGAACAUGAGGAGACCCCAUACGAUGGGGGUGAUACUUACACCAACGAUGACAAUGAUGAGAGUGAUGCCAAGUUCGCUCAGAUGGGUGAAUUAUUUGAAUGGUAUCAAAAGAGAAGCUGAGAAGAGAUCUUAGGCGCCAAGCUAGGCGUGCCUCUCAGGGAGGUUCGGGCCAGGGGAGUCGGGGUGCUUUUGUGGCCACCCCUGUGGCGUCGCAGGGAGUACAGAGGGGAGGCCCCUGUGUGAGGAUAUCCAAAUUCCUCAAGGAGGCUAGGGCUUUGGGGUGCAAGUCAUUUGAUGGCAAGGGCGAUAUAUCGGUGGAGGCCGACUGGAUCAAGAAGCUAAAUGAGGCUGCUAGGGACAUGCAGAUCGGGCUUGACAUAAAGCUGACGGUAGCUACCAUGCCACUGGAGGGAGUACCGGCUGUAUGGUGGGAAGGCGUGAAGGGGAAGUUCCACGGCGAGACCACCUGGGAGAAAUUUGAAGUAGAAUUUUAUAAUCAGUAUUGUUCAGAGUUUGAGAAGAACCAAAAGAGGAAAGAGUACAUGACAUUGGUGCAAGAGGAGGACUGCUCGGUGAGACAAUUGGAACAGAGGUUCCGGGACUUGGCACGAUACAUACCUGAGUACGCCAUGGAUGAGAAUCGCAUGGCCAAUCACUUUUGGGAUACCCUACAGUUGGAUAUCCGUGAUCGGGCUACCUACAAUCAUCACAUGACGUUUAGUGAGAUUGUUGAUCAGGGGCUCUUUGGGAAAGCCAAGUGGAAUGAAAGGAAGAAGAGAGAUGCCGAGGAGGCGAAGAAGAGGAGGUGGGGAAAUUUUGGACUCAGAGACCAUUCUCGGAAACAUCAAUCCGGGAAUGGGAAUUCAUUUAGGGCGCCGGUACCCCCGGCAAAGAAGAGCAAGGGCCCAGGAGGGCAAGGGCACAACUCCGGGAGUGGGAGGCCACCGAGGUCUCCAAACUGCACCAAGAACCAUGCUGGGAAGUGCAAUGAAUCACCCCGGUGCUACAAGUGCGGUAGCACAAGUCACCUCAAGCUCUCUUGCCCGAUGUUGAACGGAGGGGGGCCAACAGGGGCCAUUGAAGGACCUACGGCUAGUAGGGGACGUGUGGGACCAUCACAGGCCGACACGGGAAGGAGCGGACCCACAGCUAGUAACGCCGCGUCCGUUAACCAAGGGAGGACCCAAGCACGGGUGUAUGCAAUGACCGAGGCAGAUGCUCAGGCCAACCCAAACUGAGUCAUUCCAAACCGCUUCCCAGUACGCUUUCCACAGAUGCCACACAAUGACUCCAGGUAAUACCAUCAAGUAAAUUGUAUCCAUUGUAUUUUCUGCUUUAGUGAUCCACCAUUUCAUAAGCUCCAAUUUGAUGCUAUUAACUUGCCUCCCUCCCUGUAGCAGAGUAUUUGAGAAGAAACUCCAAACUGAUUUGGCUAAAGGACAGAGAAGAAGGACGUGGUCUUCUGUUACAUUAGCCCCUUUACAAAAAGGGCAAAUGGUCGGGUAUACUGUGGAGAAGGUAACUAGCUGUUCCGGGAAUGGUAGACACUUAUGCCAUAAUCUCCAUAGAAAAAUCCUAAUUUUGGGAAUUUGUUUUGGAUUCCAAAUCUGUAAAUUAGAUAGAGUCCUCCCCUGCUGCGGCCAAAGAGCUAAAUAAGCUGACUUAGUUGUAAAAACCCCCUCAUCCGUAUCACUACUAGAAUUUUCCUUAUUUG